AUCAAAGUUGCUGAUGCCGAAGGAAAAGACGUAUCGUUACGUAAUUUGUUACUGAAUCGAUGUCAGAAGGAAUUCGAAACACAGAACGAGUACGAACAAGCGUUGUUGGAGAAACAAAAACAAUUUAAAGGAUUAUCGGUAGGAAUGGACUUUUAUAGAAAUUUGUUAUGUUAGGAAACUUAUCAUGCUUCUGCAUGGAACUACACAACUAUAGCAUCCAGGAUAAGCAAAAUGUUAUUCAUUUCUGGAAAAAAGCGUGGCAUAUGCGUGUUCCUCUUGGUUUUCGUGCAGAUACUUGCUUUUCACUUAAAACACUAUGGUUAUGACCAGGCCUGGAAAAAAACUUUUCUUUAUGUGACCACAGAAAAAAACCAAAAAUCUCAAGACAAAAAUCUCAGCAAGUUAAAUGGGCCGAAAGCAAGCAUCAUGCAGGGGGUUCUUGCGUCUGUCUAAAAAUGGCCUAAUUUCAAAUUAUGUAGUUUGUGUAUUAUUUAAACUUAUCCACCUUUGCAUUCCAAGACCUUGAUGGUUUCAGAUCAGAGAUUUAUACAGGUACUUUUUAACCACCGGCAUUCGGUAUAGUAAAAAGUCGAUUUUUAAUAGUAAGAGUAUUGAAACUCAAUAUUUUUCUAUAAUUAUCGUAAUUAUAUUUUUCACAAUAUGCUUUAAAAAAUUGUGACAAGUGUGAACAAUUAACUGUAAACCUGUUUUAAAACGGUAAUAUUUCUGCUCAAAGUACUGUCUGAAUGAAUGAAAUGUUAUUUCAUAGAGACAAAAUCAAGAAUUUUCGGGAGGUGGGGGUUUUGAUUGAAGUUGAGAAGUGUUCUCCUUCUAAAACACAAUCUUUCGAAAAAUGGCAGUAGACUUAAAUGCUUGUAUUAAUCCCGGCACAUCAGCACUCUGAUUCAUCUUUUUUUUUGUUUCAUUCUUCAUCCAUCCGAAAAUUUUCUCGGAACUCAGACAGUUUCUGGGACAAAAUGCUCCUGUGGUCUAACACAUUUUUCACCCUUUGUUAUUCCUCCAUGCGUGCUAUCAUUUUGUUUUUAAAUAUUGUGUGUUGUGUUUUGAUUUAGGUGAUUUUUGAUUUGUUUGUAUUUAAUACUGAUUGUCAAAAUUUUAUAAGAUCAUCCCAGAAACGCAGAAAACGAUUUAUUAAUAGGAGCUCUAGAGAAUACAAAAAUUAUUACAUAUUUUCAGCAUUGCCAAUGCAUGGGCGUCUAUUUGUUCUUUCCAUAUAUAGCUGCAGGCCAUUUCGUUUUGAAAACUUCACCUCAAUAUUACAUAAUUAACGUCGAGUGAUCUUUACAUUUUUACAGGCGAAAGAGAGACAGAUUAGAAAAGAGGAAAUAGACGAAGCUCUAGCGAAGAAUAAAAGACGGAUGUUGGGAAAUAUCAAGUUUCUUGGAGAAUUAUUUAAAUUAAAGGUGUGUUAGUGAGUAUAGCAAAAAGGUUAUUGGACAUACAGUAUAGGAAGAACAUGCAGUUUAAAACUACUAACAGUCGAACCCUUGUUAACGGACACCCCCUUUUAUAAUUUAAGCGGACACAUAUCUCCGGUCCCAAUGAUCUCUUUACUAAAACAUUGUCAUUACCCCAAUUCGAUGGAGACCUCUAUUAAGCGGAAACAGUCAAGCGGAGGUCCCAAUGAGCCGAAUAUAAUCUGUCUUAAGCGGACAAACGAAACUGAUGAAUGUAAAUAUGUUUAAUUAAAUUCCAUACCAAUCCACAGUAAAAUUCAAUUUUAAGGAAUUUCCAGUAGUACAGUAUAAACGCCGAUAUAUCUUGAACUAAUCUUUUAAUUUGUCUUUGAAUCAAUUGCAAGAAAAAUCUUCCUUGAAUAUUGAACUCGCAGGGAAGUUCCACACCAGAAUCAGCUCCUCUCUUGACACGUUUACCUUUGAUCGCCACUGUCACCAAAUGAGUUGGGCGUUACCUCCUGUUGUUUUCGCUAUUGCAAACCCCUAUUAUUAAGCGGUUACCUCUUUUAAGCGGACAUAUUGGUGAGUUCCCGAAGGUGCCCGUUUAGUAGGGGUUUGACUGUAUAUAAUGGAAUUAUAGAUCAGGGACCGAUUGUAUGAAAGGUUUAACUACUUUUUAACUAGCCGUUUUUUGUUAAAUAGUAAUUAACUCUCAAAUACGCGAUUCCGAUUGGUUAACUUUUGCUCUAAAAGUAGUUAACUUUAACAACUUUUUUAUACAACCGGCUCCUCGUAGAAAUAAUUUAAUUUCUUUCAAUAAUAACUGGAGAGUAAUACACUAUAGUAAACCUCUAUUCCAGUUGUUAACAGAGAACAUUAUGCAUGAUUGUGUAUUAAACCUCUAUUCCAGUUGUUAACAGAGAACAUUGUGCAUGAUUGUGUAUUAAAACUGCUUCGUGCUGGCGAUGAAGAAAGUUUGGAAAGCAUGUGCAAGCUAUUGUUCACCAUUGGCGAAGAUCUUGAUUCCGAUAAAGCAAAGGUAAUUCACUUGGAAUUGUUAUUGAAUUGUACCGUCUUUAAAUAAGGAUAUCACUGCUUCGUAAAUAAGUUAAUAAGUAUUUCUCAUCUAGUGAAACUAGACCAAUUUGAGUCAUCUUUACUGGAUCCCUAUGGAAAACUAUGUAGAACUGAUAAAGAUAGCCUAUUCACUGUAAAUGUACAGGGGUUUGUUUGUACCUACCUAUAUGAACUGGCUUUGUGAUUGGUGAUCCGCUUCAAUAGACCUUUCCCCUUAUGAGUGAAGUCCGCUUCAAUAGACCUUUCCCCUUAUGAGUGAAAUUUUGAUCUAGAGAUGCCUGGACAAAAAUCAGACGAUCAAACUGAUUAUCAAUUUCCCGUUUGUAGGCCCUAAUACAAAAUGACUGAAAAACGGCAAACUUCGCAGGGCUAUAUUAUCCGCAUUUUACAACAUUUCGCAACGAAACUUUGGAAUAUUACUCAUUUUGUGAUGCUCUUUCAAGCUGUGAUGAAAUUUUUGUCCAGACAUACCCAGAUCAAAAUUUCACUCAAAAGGGACAGGUCUAUUGGGUUUGGCUCUGUUGUGCUGAGUGGUUAUAUUACUAUACCAUGGACCACUUUUCUUCAUGUCUUCCGAUUCAAAAACGAAUUAUAAACACUGAUCAUCUUUGUUUUAGAAAACCAGUCACAAAACGUAUUUAUAUUAGAUUGGUAAUUUAAUUUACCUCUCAUCCUGUAUGUAAUAAACUUAAUAACAGUGGAGUAAUUUGAGAUGGUCUUUACUGGAACUCUAGGAAGAAAUGGUGGGGCUAUCCAUUUUAAAGAAAAACUUUGUUUGGUUUUCUCUGCAGUAAUAUUGAAGCAAUAACAAGGGAUGGUUUUUAUUGGACCUCUACUGAAAACAGUUAAUACCUUGACAAUGGAGCUAUAUUCAAUUUAUAUAUAAAAAAGUGCAGCUUUGGACAGAGGUCAAUAGAGUAUUAAUAAUUAAUAAUUUCUAAUCCAUCAACAACGUUAAUUUCAGCCUCGAAUGGAUCAAUACUUCGACCAAAUCAACAGGAUUAUAAUUGCUGAGAAAGUCUCAUCAAGAGUGAUAUUCAUGCUUCGUGAUGUGGUUGAACUUCGUCAAAAUGAGUGGGUCGCCCGCCGAGAAGGACAUUACAAUCCAAAGACUAUUGAAGCACAAAUUGAGAAAAUGCAGGAGCAAAGAUUAGCAGUCCAAUUCCCUGUCAUGAAUAAAAAACAGAAGCAAGGCGGACCAGGUAAUAUAAUGGAACAGGCCCUUUGGAAAAUGCAAAAAAUAUAG